AGUCUUGCACAAAUACAGGAUACCCAACACGGCUGUCAUUGUCACACACACACACACUCUCAUAUCCUCUGAGUUGUUUCACUCUCGGCCUUCUUCUGCUCAACAAGUCAUUCACAACCCAUUUGCGCUGGAAACCACGACUCAGUUUGCAGACUGGUAGUUUGUCAGCAGCGGAUUGCUCACUGGCAUGCACGGCACCGACUGAGCAUUUGAAGAUGAUGCGAUUGCUGUUCCUGUGUCUGCUGCUGCUGCUGCCAGCCGCUUCUGCGGCUUCAGAAGAUACAGAGGGAUCGGCUGAUGACGGAAUAGAUGACGAAGAUUUUACUCCGAGAAAGGGGAUUCCAGUUGGUCACAUCCCAAACUCCAGUGAUUCUACAGUCUUAGAUAAAACUACAGGUGAAGAAGAGAAAUCAGAUCAGCUCACCGUGAUUAUCAUCAUCGUAGCUGUGUGUGUGUUGACUCUCUCUAUCGCAACAAUAAUCACUGUAAUAUUUGUGAGACGCCGCAUGAACAGUCGGCAGCAAGGGAUCUACUCCGUGCCCGCAGAGCAGGACCACAAAGGGCCCGUCUAGUUCCUGGCGGAGCAGCAGUUCUAUAGCCCAGGGGGAAGGAGAGGAGCGAUGCACCGUGCUACGUCAUCUCCCGCUCUCUGACUCAGGACGUCUUUGCACAUCAGCCUGCUUCUCACCUCUUUAGUUCAUUGCUCACUCCCACACAACCUCCUAUCGAUUCAUAUGCAUAUGCAAAGUUUUAUGUUUUCUUUACUGUUGUAUACUUUUGUCUACAUGUGUCCCCGCCAUUUUGUUCUCCACAUACACGCGGUUUAGCCCGGGACAUUUGGAACACAUUCAAACCUCCUAAUUGGAUUCUAUUUGAGGAAUCCAAAUCAAAGCCAGUGGAAAUGGCUUAAAACGUCUUUUGUUAAAAGCGAUGAUUUCGCACAGCCAGAGCUCCCCCCUUCUUUUUUUUUUUUUACUACCUGAUACAAGAAAUUACUCCCACCAGCUCUGCAUUGAAACUAUAUUUCCAUUUGAUUUGGUGCAUGUGGAACAGACCUGACGUGUGAAAUGGUGGUUGAGUGAGACAAACCAUGCUAAUCCACACUAAGCCAGCCCUGUGCUCACUUCACUCCUCUAUUCACCUGUCUGACAUCUUCUGUUCCCGGCCCAUUAGGACUAACGAGAGGCAGUGCACUCUGAAGAUAAAAACCUGUUCCCUGUGUUCUCAACCUCUGUAGGGAAAAAAGAAACCAGUGGAAAUAGCCAGUGUGAGCGCCUUAAUGCAAGGCUGCAAAUGAAUGGGCUGCGGUGAAUGAUUUGUUGUCUUUUGGUUUCGAAAGUCUUUCACUUCAGUCUCGCAGUUUAUAAAUGGCUCUGAACGUUAUAGAGGGUUAGAUUGAUGCCUCACACACUGGGAGAGAGAAGCUGGGUGUGAGGGAGGGAUCAAAUCUUGCAGAUCAAAUAAAAGUGUUGGGGGUGAUUGGGUAAAUACCAACAAUGCCUUUGUUUCAAUCACUCAGAGCAUGAUGGCUUCUCUGGUUUCAUUGAAAUGAAAAUCAAUCUCAGCCUUUUAGAAAAGCUGUCUCUCUCUCUGUAAGAACCCAAAGCGCUGGUUUGCUCUAGUGCAGAGAGAGAGGGGGGGGGGGGGGGGGGACACACCCCCGUUCGACACGUCAGUUUUUCAUUUGUGGCUUCAUGAGGAGUCAGCAACACUGGGCAGGGUAACGCUGGCUCCACUCCAGACAAACGUGAGGCCAAAAACUGUUAUGUUAAGUCUUCAUCAGGCUUUGCAGUGACUGCAGGUCUGAAACUUCCCAGUUUAUUUGAACACAGACGCGAGCAGAUGGGCAGAUCCUGUUGAUGCUUUUGUUUUACUGUAUUUUCGAGCCCCGUGUGAUGUUACACUGUUUCUUCUCAAAUCAUAGUGUCGGCCACUAAGCCUUACAAUCGGUGCCAGCAUUUCAAGGGCAGGACAAUUUGACAAUAUAAAACAUUUCAGUUUUCUAUGUCUGUAUAGUCUAUAUAAUCAGAUUUACUUAUUUUUUACUUUGAUUUUACUAAUAUUUUGUGUCAGACCAACACGACCCAGUGCGACAUUUGAAUGCAGCAGGGAGUUGUUUGUGAAGCACAAACAAUAGUGGGUAUUUUUUUUUCUACAGUAUUUUGUCCAAAAUCUGCUCUGCAGCUUUCUGCUGUGACACUACUCAUGUAAAUCUCCUGUAUCAUAUGUAACUAUUGAGCUUUUCUCUAUCUCAGUGUGACGUUAGUGGAAAGGGUCAUGUUUUUAUUUUUUAAUAUCUUUUUCUGUCAAUAUGAUUAUAUGCAGUAAUUCUAUCUUUUAAUCUAAUAUAUUGAAUUAUCAGAUUUACUGAUCUAUGCAAAAUAAAUGUUCUCUUUUUUAAAUGUUGAGUUUAAGGGGCAUGGUCUUCACUGUUGGUUAGUAAGUGGUGUGUAUGAAAGUUGUGGAUGGGACUCAGUUAUUUGCCUUUUAUGUCAAAUUAAAAUUACAAUUUUGUCAUUUAUAUGCACUGUGGUGUAUGCAGAUGAACCCACAUGUAUUCUUUUUGCCAAGCACACUCAAAGUAGUUUUUCCUCAUAUGAAAAUUGACAGUAUGUAACACAUGACCCAGAAAACGUUUGCAGCAGGAGACUUUAUAUCAAUGAAUUUAUUCCAUUUGCACAGUUGAAUUAUAUCUUUGGUUUUGUUCCGAUAGCAAUUAAAAACAUCCAUUACAACAUUAUUAUGUAGCCACGCUGACUUGCAUUGUGUUUAUUUUUACCAUUAAAGCUGUUAUUAAACCUG